CAUGCCUGAAUUCAGUGUCAUGCGUAAAAUUUGCAUGUUACCACAAAAGAGAGAUCACGCUUCAAUACCUAUAAACUCUUUGCACGAGUCAUCAAGCACCUACCUAGGCUACACAGGCAACUGACAAGUGACAUACCACUAACUUCUCACCGUGACACAGGAACUCUACUGACGGCGGGCACCGUGGGCAUAAAUUUGCCAAAGGUGACGUUAACCCUACAACAAGAGCAUAAACUUCUCAUUAUUCUACAGACCAAGACUGGUUUGAGUGAGGAGUCAACAACUUUUAAAUUCGUUUCCGACAAACGUUGGGGCAAGAAUGAAUCGACGGCAAGUGUGGAUGUUGAGGUUGGCGGUGAUCGUGUUCAUAUCGUUGGGUACAGGUGUCAGUGUGGUGAACCCUCAAACCACUGUACCUCCGGACAUGCCGGACCCAGCAACAACACUCGCUGGUGGUUCAACGACGACUCUCCAAGGGCUUCCAGAUAUUGUUAUUGAAGGCUGCCCUCCGGUGGUUCAACCUGCAUACGUUCAGAAUUCCUUUAUUCAAGUGGCCAUCAGUUGGAUUGAGCCAUUUUCCCCUACUCUUGGGGUGGACCGUUCGACCAACACCCCCCCAGGAACUCGAUUUGGUGUCGGAGUUUCUGAAGUCAGUUACACCUUUGUCGACACUGGUGGAAAUAAAGCAUACUGUGUAUUCAAUGUUACAGUGCAGCUUCAGUGCCCAGUCAUCACAGAUCAACCAUGCAAUAACGGUGUGUGCGUGCCCAGGUCAACCUCGUGUGAUGGCUUCAACGACUGCGGGGAUAAUGCACCAUGGGGAUCGGAUGAAGGUUUUGGCGAGUGCCCAAGAAACCAACAGUGUUCCUCUGCAUCGGCGAUGCUUUACAAUGCAUGUGCAGUUCCAACUCUGUGGACAGACGCAAGAGAGGCAGUGUCCCGGUCAGUGAGGGGAACGGGAAAUAUUGUCUUCAAAUUCACGGCACCUAGCGACGCAACGGACAGAACGUACUUGUUUAGAGUCAGGUUGAAUGUCACAGACAUCAUCGAUCUACAGUCAAAAGAAUUAGUGUCACCCACCAUCUUCAUCAAUAUCAGUCUCCCAGCAUCUGUAAAGACUACAACAGUACGGGCUGCAGUUCCCCGUGGACUGAGUGCAGAAAGUUUUGUGGAACUGGACCUGCGUCAGCCGUUGGUCGUCCGACCAAGCGAGGAGAUUGAGGUGACGAUGGAGUUUGACGAGAACAUCUUGGACAGCCCACCCCCAUUUCCUGCUGAGAGUAGAAACCGGUCCAGCGUUGGCGUCCGGUUUAGCACCUUCACGGCUGGAUGUGACAACAGAGCCUGUCUGGAUGCCUUUGUCACCUGGAAGACAUUGGCUACCUUCUCUAGCAGACCUGAUGUCCGACCAUGCGGCAUUCCAGAACAGAAUGAAAUCCUGUAUAGCAUCUACGACUCGUGCCUGGCUCCGCCGACAUUUGGAUUUGUCAGUCCAAGUGUGUCGUCAUUCCUAGAGGAUAACGUGGUCCUGAUAUGCGUCGGGCAUGGGGUCUUUCCACCGUCGGUCAUGUGGUACGACAGCAACAUGAAUGUGGUGGCAUCUGGCUUUGGCUCUGCUGCCUUAGAUGUGACUGUUUCAUUCCAGGCACAAAGUUUUACUUGUGUGCUUGAGGAACGCAUAUCUUAUGAAGAGACUGUGACGGUCUCAUACUGGGGUGAGGAAUGCGAGAAUCUUUAUCUUGAGGUUCGCGGCUUCCCAUUCCAGAUGGAAACUCCAUGCCUUUCCGCAACAUCUUUAUCAGGAAGUUCCUCAGGCCGGUCACCCUUUUCCCCAGAGUUUUCAUUUUCAAUUGGACAGGCUGUGGUGGCCCACAGAUUCACCAUGGAUGCGUCGGCUCUUAACCCAGGUAACAUUGACGAGGGCAACCCAGAUUAUGGAGAUAGCGGACCAUCUGCAGGAGGUGUUGUGUUACCGGUUCGGCUCACUGUGUCCUUGCCCUUAAGGCGCAAGCGCAGGGGUGUGAACACUGACAUAUACUCGAGAGAGUUCAGGAACCUUUAUGUACCGCCCUUCGGGGAUGUUACCUUAGACCUCGACCCGCCAGUCUCCCUGGCUGCCAACAGUGUCAUUCUUUUCAGCGUGACGGUCCUUCAGGAGCAAAGAUUCUUUGAGAGUCCACCACCUCCGCCGGCUCGGCUGGAAGUUCUGAGUUGCGCCCAGGGCAACAACUCCUUCUGUGACGACUUCCUCCCACAGUGGUCUCAAAAACAGCAGGAUUUUGAGGAAAGUGGAUGCCCCCAAAGGAGAAACCUUCAGCUGCUGUCCUAUCAGAUUUGUCUUGGCUCAUCAACGGCUGUGCCCAAAGUCGUUACUCAUCCAAGGUCAGUGGACGUUGUUUUGAGGCCAAGUAACAAUGAGGUAGAGGAAGGGACAGCCAUUAUGACUUGUUACAUCGAGAAUGCCGUGACGUACGAGUGGUACAAAGUGGCUCCCGUCCCUGGUCGGACACUCGUCAAGAGUGGCAGCACACUGUCGUUUACGAUUACUCAGUUCGACAAUCCCAGGGUCCAAGGCUCGUACAUGUGUGUCGGUAAAGGCGGCACACCUUACGAUGACAUCAGCCAAGAAACCCGCCCAGCUACUCUCACUGUGGACGGCUUUUCCAUGUUCAAAGUGAUGGCAGCAAUAGAUCGAGUUUACACACCAAACCUGACUAAUCCAAACAGCACGGAAUACACAAUGCUGUGGAACGAACUCCGCUCGCACCUUGAUUCUGCACUGGGCGAGUUUGGAAUGUUAAGCACCAAUCUUGACCUGGUAGGCUUCACACCCGGAAGUGUAGUUGCUGACAUCAUCCUGUACGUUGGUCAGUCCAACAUGGAUGACGGCAAACUGGCAGAUUUCAUUGCUGGAGCAAUCCGUGAUGCACCAUCCGAGACUCUUACGUUCCUCCCCGGUAGUAUCAUGGUGCUCAGUCUGGUCACCUGCCUCGGUGAGGAAGUGGAUGGUGUGACAUUUCCCCAGACCAAAGUCGGAGGCAUUGCCGAGUCUGUGGAACAGUGCCCACUGUCAACCUCCAAGGCUGGUAUGCCGCUUGGGACCAGGGCUUGCGCUGGCGAUGUGCUGUCCCCAGCUUACUGGCUGGAACCGGUUCUGGUGGAUUGCACAGAGGGAGACAAUGUCAACAUUCUGCUUGGAGACCUGUCCAGAGUUAAUGUAACGAGUGAUAAUGUCAGAGAGGUUGCAGAAGAGACAGUGAUCCUGACGUCCAAUUACACUGGGAUUGAUGCCUCAGGGAUCAUGGCAACUGCCGAUAUUCUGGAGAAGAUCGUGAUUGCUGGAAACUCUUCGGUAGAGGUUGCUGGUGACAUCGUGAGGGUUGUCAACAACAUCCUACAAGUUGACCGGGAGACCUACGAGGACCUCGGUGAGGACACCUCGCCUUCUCGCAUCAUACGUGCCCUGGAGGACUACAUCACAGCACUGCAGAUGAGCGAGGUAGCUGGCAACCUGACAGUGGUGGAGAGUUACGUGGCAGUGUCGGCAGUCCUUGUGCCCCAGGAUUCCCUCCAACUGGGCUUGGGCUUUGCUGCUGUGCCGCUCAGCCCAUCGGCUGAACCCCAGGACCCCCUGACUGAUGAGGAUGUCGUUGUUUACUAUGUGCCAUCUGCAGUUCCUGUCGCUGAGGUCAAAGCAUCAAUCAGGCUUCCACCAGAGAUUCUGAAUUUCAUAUCUGGAGGUGACUCCGUGCCCAUCAGCUUUUUCUUCUACCAGAGCACCAAGCUGUUCCGGUCGCCCAAACUACGGGCCGCUGCCAGGCCGUCGGACAAAUUCAGCCGUGCCCUCGGUAGCUACGUCAUUGCUGCUACUGUAGAAGGAGUCAGGGUGCAAGACCUGCCCAUGGAGGCUCCUGUUGUUAGCGCAUUCCUUCCCCUUAACGUGAGCAAUCCAGGGAAUACAGUGAAUGGAUCAGAGUGCGUAUUCUGGGAUUUCAAUUUAAACGGCGGCUUUGGUGAUUGGUCCACGGAAGGAUGCCGGCAGGUCACCAUCAACAACAGUCGCACCGUGUGUCACUGUGACCACCUGACCAGCUUUGCUGUCAUUGUGGAUAUCUAUGGUAACCAGGAUAACGUUGUUCUCAGCAUCAUCAGCAAGAUUGGCUGUGCUGUGUCGCUGGUGGCGUUGAUCAUCACCAUCAUCACGUAUCUCGCAGUCAAGAAGCUUCGCACGAAGCGGCCCCAGCAGAUCUUGGUCAGUUUCUGCUUUGCCCUGGCUGGUCUUUACCUGGUCUUCCUGGUGGGCAUCGAGGCCACCUCUCCCCAGGCUGGCUGCAUCAUCGUGGCUGUCUUGAUUCACUACUUCACCCUGGCUUCCAUCGCCUGGAUGGCUGUGGAAGCCACCAAUAUGUACCUCCUCUUUGUCAAAAUUCUCAAUGCCAAUGUGUCUCACUUCCUGAUCAAGGCUUCCAUCGCAGCCUGGGGUCUUCCCCUCUUAGUUGUGAUCAUCAUUCUUGCUGUAGACCACACCAACUACCUAAGUACCAACUAUUGUUUCCUGCGGCCGGGCAACGCAUUCUACUUUGGCCAAAUUCUUCUCAUCGGCCUGGUGCUUCUCUUUAACUUCAUCAUCUUCACGUUGGUCAUGCGGCAGCUGACCUGCGCCCGCAAGGGCAUCAACAGCACCACGGACCGCAGCAAGCAUCAGGAGACGAUGCGCCGCCUGCAGAAUGCAGUGGCCAUCUCGGUGCUGCUAGGCCUGACCUGGGUCUUUGGCCUGCUGUCCCUGGUCCAGACGGCCAAUUUUGCCUUCCAAGUCCUGUUCUGCGUCUUCAACUCGCUGCAGGGCCUGAUGAUCUUCCUGCUGUUCUGCGUGCGCCAGCAGGAGGUGCGGCAGGCGUGGGUAGACUUCGCCCGGGGCCGCUGCGGCAAGGACCGGGCGGCCGAUUACAGCAAAGGGGCGGGUACCAGGAGCCAGGACCGGGCCAACACUGGUGAGCAAGGAACCCUGCCACUCACCCAUCGCAGCACAGAUAGUACUGCCACCAGCUAAAACGGGAAACAAACAAGCCAGGUGUUGGUGGGCUCGCAUUAACCCUCCACUGGGAUAGUUCAGAAUGGUCUGCGUAAUUCAGCUCUGUAAUGCUGUAUAAGCCAACCGAAAUUCAUUUGGGAUUUUGGAAUUGGUUGGAAUAUUUAAUUCAACUAAAAUAUCCCCCAAAUUUGUUCUAAAUAAAUUUGAUCAAAACACGCCGUGGUUUGGGUUCUUUUUUGUUUUUUACAAGAUCUCCAUAUUUAUCAGCUAUUCCUAAAAACUUGAGAAAAUCCGUCAAAUGGCCAGUCUUAAUAAAACACAAGCCAGCAAAAGAAGUGACAAGGACGUUCAUGUACACGUACGUUUAGUUCUACUUUGCAUUGCAUUUGGUGCUUGAGAUGAUGUUGCAAGUUUGAAAUGUAUUUGCUGCAAUCAAAGAAGCUUAUUUGGUGUUUUUAGUCUUAAGGAAAUUUGAAACAGGUGAAUAAUUACGCUUAGAACCAUUUUUAAAUUGAUCAUAACUUGAUGCCAUUCAAAGGAAGUCAUAGACCCAAUCUUCGUGUCCAAAUCUGAAAAGCUGAUGUACAGUACGGUCUGCUUUCUCUGAUAUUUUCUGCUUAAAUAUUUCAGUCUGCACAUUUCUUGCAUAUUUAAGAAGUAAGCCUGUUCAAUCUUCAGUGUGUGAUUUGUAGUGUUUUCACAAUGCACAUACUUUGUUGAUCACUCAGGGCACAAAUAGUUGAAUUUUUGAAGUUACCCGUACCUCUUAUCCACUAGAGUUUCAGUGAGUCGUCAACUUCGAGUGGCUAGACGAGGAAAGCCAUAUUUUACGUACUGUACACACUUUGUAACAACUCAAUAUUUCGUGGACAUAACAGUGUACACUGCGUCUUUCAGAAGGAAAUAUUACGGGCAUUUUUAUGUCAUACAUUUCUCACUGUACACGAUUAAUCAAUAUUUUUAUACUUGUUCUCUCUGUAUUUUGCAUUUUCAUAUUAUCUUGUAGCUCUAUUUUAUAUUUAUCACGUAGAAUUACUGGAAUUUAUACAUUUUGAGAAUAUUUUUACAUGGUUAUGUGCCUCGUGUAUUAGCUGUCGUAUUACUGUUAUUUUCAUUUUUUCUUGAUCCUUUCAGGCUAUUUGUGCUAUGCUAUUUUCCAAGAACUAGUGCAAGGCACUACACGUUUCACUGGUGUACUUGAGAGGUUGAUGCAUUUAGGGAUUGGCACACAUACAUACCAGGGAAGUAAUAUUUGUUGGUUAAUUACCCCAGUCCUCGUAUUCACAGAAUUUUGUGAAGCACACCACAGCUAAAGAGGUGCAAAGCAUUGUGGGUUAUAUUGUUGCCCAUGUCAGUGCACAUAAUGUACAACGGCAACUCAAGCUGUUCAAAUCAUACCUCUAAUCCCAGGACAAGAACUUAAGUAAUGCAACAGUAAACAUAUAGCUGCCCUUUCUGGUACCUUGCAAGGUCAGUAGGGAACCAGUGAAAGUGUAUGUACUUAUAUUGCACAGUUUACUGCUUACCAGGGAAAUGACAGGCCUCAUUCACCUCAAGUGAAACUUAAUCAUUUGCUUCAGGAUCUCUUGAUUUUCAAUUCUUUUUUAUGACUUGUAUCUUAACUCAGGUGAAGUUUCAGGUGAAAUUGAAUUCCCUUUCAUUUUAUUUGCGAAGUGCAGCGUAGAUAGAUCAUUUGUGCCUUGAGGUGAGGAGCCCUCCGAGUUCAUAUGGCAUGAUAUUAGCUGCAGUGAAGAUUGCUUUUAUUGCGUUAUGAAAUGGAAAUUCUUAGGGACUUUCCUGGUGGAUGUUUGAAAUAUUUGAUGUGAAAUUCAUCCGUAAAGCCUAAUUAAGUGUAUCCAGUACAUACUUAUUUAGCAGUGAUCCACAGUGUAACAGAAUUUUAGUGUGUUCAUAUGAAUAAAUUGUUCAUUUAAAUUCACCUUUGACUGCCAGUACAAUUAUGAAAUGACAGCUUCUCAAUUCUUUUUGAAGUGUAAAACGCGAAUGUAACGAGUUAUUUGUGAGGUGUUUGAUAUCUUUCAUAUUUUCCAUCUCUAAUGUGAGUUUUCUGUACUUCAAAAGGCUGUUUAUCAUAACACAAAACUCAAAUCCACAUGGAAAA